GUUAACAUGUCAAUGAAAGGUAGAACGAUAAAAGCCAUCUUGAAUGAAGCGAAAAAAGGGACCAGUGCUGAUUCAUCUCGAAUAGGAAGAGCUGAAGCCAUAUUAACCCAGCUUAAGAAGGACGCUGACUGGCUGCAGGCAAACAAUUCACCUCUUUACACAAAAAUCAAGAGUGAUAUAGAUAGAAAGACUUCAUAUUCAAGGCCAGAGGUAACCAAAGACUCAGAUGAUCUGUGCAGAUUUUUGGCAACUCAAAAAAGUGCAGACAGUAACGUAUGGAAAAAUUAUGUCUUCUUAUUGGAAUGUCGAAAUCAUAAAAGAGAAUCGUCUGCUACCAAGAAUAACAAAACUGUUAUGAAGUCUGGAAAUCAAAGAAAACCAUCAACAAACGCUGGUAAGCUAUCAACGACAAGCCCCAUCCAAGGACAAUCAAGAAUAUCCAGUUUCCAAUCACCAAAUACGAGACAAAGCCCUAGCCAAAGUUAUGCUUAUAAUAAGGGAUCAAGACAAAAUGUUAGGAGUCAGACAAUCGAGAAUGGUGAGGUACAACAACAAAAACCACCGUCCACCAAUGAGAUCCUAAACAACAAAUUAAUGGAAGAAAAUGAAAAGCUAAAGGAAUCUGUAAACCAACAAAAGCAACAAAUUGAGGAACUGACAACAAGAUUGAGCAGAUAUGCCAGUCAGCAAUUAACGCAAGGAAACCCAAAUAUAGCUGACCUAAGUGAUAAGAAUAGGCCAACUAAAAUUGGAGAAAAGUUUGCCUUAGUGUAUGAUGACCAAUGGUCAGAAGCCUUUGAAGCAUUAAAAGUAGGAGGAAAGACAGAAGAGACUGUAGUCACAGAGCUAGCUAAUUUAGUCCGGGAAUGCUACAAAUUUUCUGAUGAGACUAAAGAUAAAAUGAGAAACGAGUUGAUGAAAAGAACAGCCGAGGUGAUCAGAAACCCGUUGCAAUCAUCACUGUCGAUUACAGAAGAACCGAAAGAUGUCCAAUUAACAGGGUCAAAUGCUAUUUUUAAUGACCUUUUGAAAAAAAAUGGAGAACAGUCAGUCAAAUGCCUUAAAAUGGCGUUCAGAAAACAAAAGGAGAGCUACACACGUGAUAAAAGACUUACUGAUUAUCUGGACAUUCUGGUAGAACUCACGUGGAACAUGGUCCUACAGGAUCCGCCGAUGGCCCUAAAUUUUGCAAAAAACGGAGACAAGAUCGACGAGAAAUCAUUCAAACACUAUAGCAAGAAAGGCAAUGUUGUGCUCCUUUGUGUAUGGCCGGCUUUACAUCUGUAUAAUGGUGGACCAAUUGUGUCAAAAGGCUUUACUCUUCCUCAGUAAUAGGCUACCAGUAAUACAAUGUGUACAAACUUCGUGAAGUACAUGUAAAAACUGGACCAUAUUUCCCCCUCCUUUCAUACUGAUAUGAAUUCAAUUCGUUUUGGCUUUUUGAUGCCAGAGAAAAAUCAUAUUUUCUGAUUGUUUUUUUUGUUGUUGUUGUCAUUAUAAGUACUUUAAAAGCAAAUAAUUAAUAUGUGCGUACAAGUAUUUAACAUUUUUAAGUACAAAUAUCUGAAAAUCAACAAGGAUAUUGAUUAUUUUUUUUUAUAUUUUCAUAUUAUUUUAUUUGCAAGUCAAAUAUUUCAAGGAGAUAUUUCCGUCCGAGUGAUUCAUCUCUUGACUCCAGAAUGUGUUCAAUCCAACAGAAUUUGAAUUGUACUCAGUGUGAUUUUUUAAAGUGCAAGAAUAGUUUAAACUUUACAUAUUA